CCCCACCCACUGCUGUUAGCGAGCCACGCAUGCUAAGGAAGUAAACAAUGUUUACCGGAAGUAGACCAAACGAAAGAAAAACUACGUCUGCUACCUGCACAACUUUACCAGUUACGUUAACGUGAGAUAAUCUUUUCAAAUAGUUCUGUUUGCGUCUAGAGGUUAAAUAAAAAAAACGUGUACUGUAUUUUGAAUAAGCGUGCUUACUGACGUCAAACCUGUCCACCUUAGAAGUUUAGAAUGUAUUUUUGUUGUCAUUUAUGCUUUACUUGAGAACAAAACGACAGCAAAAUUUGACAGUGGCGAUAUUAUCGGCGUUGUGGUGAGGUUAUACGGCGAACACAUGUUGAGGUAGUCCCGUGAGACAUGGAUUUCCUCACUUUGUUUGCCAUCUACGUGACUGUGGUGCUCACUUCCAUCAUCUUAGUCUGCAAAUAUUCGGGCCAGCAACAAAGUCCAUUUUCUUACAUUUUCGACACCACAACAAAGUUAGUUGUACCACUUACUCCAAAAUGGCUCAAGCGGUGUUUACAGUGGACCACGCACAGGUUUUUUCACCAGAGGACCAAAAUGUUCAUCAUUCUGCACAUCCUGUUAGAAGGGGCGGUAUACGCCGAGUUCACCUAUGAGGUUUUUGGUUUCUGCGUCGAGAUGGGCAUCUCUUUGAUCAGCCUGUCCCUGCCUUACAUCCUCCUUGUCGUGAAGACUUUCUUCUUCUACCUUUGCAUCAACAAAGAACCAGGCACCGUGACCAAGAAGAAAAACUCCAGCCAGUUGAACGUGUAUCCAUACGACAAGAGGCUGUUUCACCCGGGCAUCUCUUGCCCAACAUGUCACCUUAUCAAACCUGCCCGCUCCAAGCACUGCAGAGUGUGCGACAGGUGCGUUCAGCGUUUCGACCACCACUGCAUCUGGGUGAACAACUGCAUCGGUGCCUACAACAUCCGUUACUUCCUGCUCUACUUGAUCAGCGUAUGCGCCAUGUCGGCUGACAUUGCCAUCCUGACGGCCGACGUGCUAAUUGAAGCCGUGCUGCAGUCGGGGCUGCUGUGGGCCAGCUAUAUUGAUGAGUACGGCCAGCAACAGCCAGCUGGGCCUCAAUUUGUCAUACAGCAUCUGUUCCUGACCUUCCCCCGAAUCGUCUUCAUGCUGGGCUUCGUCGUCUUUGUCUUCUUGCUGCUCGCUGGUUACACACUGUUCCAUUUGUUCUUGGCGCUCAUCAAUCAGACUUCCAAUGAGUGGUACAGAAAUCGCGGCUACGUAUGUCAGCACUGCCACCCGUCUCCCACGGGAGAUCGUUUUUGUGGCGUGGCGUUUCACAACUCGAAGAGAAACUACUACAGCCGUGGGAUACUACGGAACUUGGGAGAAGUCUUUUUUCCUCGACGACCUGGUGGGAAAAAAAACACUUAGAAGAUUGUCACUGCGCUUGGUGUCUGUUUACAUUCUACGAUCAACUACUAGUUCUGAAAAAAUAGACACGCACAUGUGUUAGGGGAUUUCUAUGUGAAACAUUUUUUUUUAAUAUAUUGCUUUAACUGGAUGAAUUAAAUUGUAUUUUUUUCACUAUUAAAAGGUUGGCAUUUGUAA